CCUCCAUACCUGUGUCCGCAACGCAAAGGCUGGCAAAGGGAAGGAAUAUAAAAAAAAGAAGUAAUGUGCUUGGUGUGCUUGUGUUAGGUUAUGUAUGUCAGAUUUUCAGAGUUUAAAAACUGAGUUUACACAUCUUACCAUUCUUACCAUACAAGUCAAACAUUUUCAAACGUAUGUAUAUUAUUUCUACUAUUUAUGAUAGCUUUCUUGAAAAAACUGCUUUCAACUUCCAAAAAAUCUAUCAGGCUAUCUUCGGAUUACAAUACUUCAGUUAAUAAAAUGAAGCCCCCUGAUACUAUUCGAGGCAUAACAGUACUGGAAAAACCACUACUCGACAAACGCAUCAAAGUCUUUUAUUUAAUGAUAAACAAAUCUCAAUUACAAACCAUUUUACCUAUAAUCAAAAGCAGCUUGAUGAAGCUAGAGAAGUUCAAACCAGUACAACAUGCUGAUGAUGAUGUACAUAUCUAUUUGAACCCAGACAGUAUUAAAGGAUGGUGCAGUUUUUUACCAGAAGUUCAGGAGUCUUUAGAAAAGCUAUCUGUAUCUGAAUGCAAUUUAAAUUCAAUGGACUUCAUAGUGAAAUAUGAGAAUUAUACUGCAGAAAAUCUAUUGAAGGGUAUUUUACCAGUUGAUAAAGAAGGUGUGUCUAGUUUUACAAAAAUUGGACACAUUGUUCAUGUGAACCUAAGGGAACACCUGUUGCCAUAUAAAAAUAUAAUUGGUGAAAUCCUUUUUGACAAAGUACCUGGUUGUGAAUCUGUGGUGAAUAAAGUAAAUAUAAUAGACAACACAUAUCGUAACUUUAGCAUGGAAAUACUUAAGGGAGGAGAUAACAUGAUUACCACUGUAAAAGAGAACAGUUGCUCAUUCAAAUUUGACUUCUCCAAAGUGUACUGGAAUUCUAGAUUGUGUACUGAACAUGAAAGAAUAGUAAAGGGCAUGGGUGAGGGUGCUGUUCUGUUUGAUGUUUUUGCUGGAGUGGGCCCUUUUUCUAUACCAGUGGCCAAAAAGAAGUGCUUUGUUUAUGCCAAUGAUUUGAACCCAGAAUCAUUCAAAUGGCUGAACCAUAACUUCAAAGCAAAUAAAGUAUGUGAAACUUACUUUAAAUCCUUCAAUAAGGAUGGCAGAGCAUUUAUCCAAAAUGAUAUAAAAGAAAAUCUACCACAGCACUUGGUCAAAGGACAACAGAUAUUCAUUAUUAUGAAUUUACCUGCAAUGGCAGUUGAGUUCUUGGACACCUUUGAAGGAUUAUUCCAGCCUGAUGAAUUACCCAAUUUUACUCUUGCUCCUACAAUAUAUGUAUAUUGCUUUGCAAAAGGAAUAAAUCACAUGGAAAUAGCUAGGAAGCUUGUUGUAGACAAUUUUAGAUGUGAUAUUAGUGAUAAAAUAAUAGAUAUAUUCAGGGUUAGAACUGUAAGUUCUCUAAAAGAAAUGAUGAGAGUAAAAAUCAGAUUGGACAGAGAUAUUCUGAUUGGAAACUGUAAGAAAAGGAAGUUGGAAGACAGUCUUGAGUUGAACAAUAAAAAAUAUAAUUUAGGAGAAGAUGGGGAAGAAAGACAGAAAGAAAAUUGAUAGAGUUUUCAAAGUUGCUGGAGCUAAGAGUUUGAAACUCAAAGCCAAAGCAAAAGUUGUCAAAUCUGGAUUAAAACAAAUCAAUAUAAAGAACAAAAAUCAUGUGGACCAAAUAAAUGAAACUCUAAACCAGUUAGAGAAUAAAGUAAGGAAGACUGAUGUUCAAGAACAGAAACAGGAUAGAAAGGAAUCCAAACUUCCGUCAAUUGAUUCAGAAAAACAAAAAGAGACCGAGAAACAGUCCCAAGAAGCUAUAAAUACCCUUGAUGGAAUGCAUUUGUAAUUUAUCCUGUGAAUAUGUUUAUAUUAAAAUUUAUACCUAAAGUAAUAAAUAUA